AUGGAUUACCAUUCAAUUCACGGCUAUGAUAGAGCAAGUUUCGAUACACCCGGCACGCACCGACUUCCAACAAUAUCAGCUUCACAGGCUCUUGACGAGCUUGAUAACAGCGCGUCAACUCAUGUCUCUACUGGGAUUGAGGACUUAGAUCGUUCCCUUAUUGCCAAUAUAACCGCUGACUCUCAAGACACUACCAAAGGUGGUGUUCAACGCGGCCAGGUCACGGAGAUCUGGGGUCCCCCUGGUGCUGGCAAGACAGCAUUGGGGCUGCAGCUUACAGCAAACGCAUUAUGUGAUGGCGAUGCUGUUGUCUGGGUAGCAAAAACUCGUCGCAACAGUCAAGCAGAUGCAGCGCACGAUGCAUCAGAGUCUCCUUCUGGAGACUCUAGUCGAUUCUAUCAUUACUCAUGUUUCACUCUACCCCAUUUGGUUGCUCUCGUGUCACGGCCUACCGCCAAGCUGAUUCCACACAACUGCUCAUUAAUGGUCAUCAGUUCGCUAUCUGCAUUGGUCAACUCCGCCUUGCCAAAGUCCCACGAUGGCAAGGCUACAUCUAAGAGCAACAAGGGUCCAAGUCCAUCUGCAAAGCGAACACAAGCAUUGCUUUCGAUCGUGAAUGCCCUUCACAAGCUUGCUGCAACUAGAAAUUGUGCAGUUGUGGUUCUGUCUCAGUGUGCCACGAAAAUGCAUUCAGAAAGGGGUGCAACGCUGACAGCCGCGGUCAAUGCCAGUGUAUGGGAACAAGGGAUUUCAACUCGACUUGUCAUGUUUCGAGACUGGGCCUGGCAAGAGAACAAUCUUACAAGCGUCUUCCUGGCAGGUCUGCAAAAACUGGACGGAAAGGCAUGCCCGGAGGUCAUGGAGAACGUUGUCGCAUUUAAAGUGGAGUUGGACGGGGUCAGCCAGGUUCCCUACGAAGCAUUACAAACUUUUGAGCUAGCCCGACAUAAGCGAAAGCUUGGACAAACAGAACUCGAGGUUCCUGAUAGUGACGAUGACGAGGAUUACGGAUGGGCAGAUGAAGAUGAAGCGGCCAUGCCGGCGCCUCCGCCUCAGUGGCAAGGCAGUGAAGACCUCAUUCUGGGCCAAGACAUCGGUCAAAGCGAAGACGAAAACAGCGAACAAGAAGAGCCUGUCACUGAUGAUGAAUCGAUCAUGAAAUGA